GGGAGUUGAAGUUUAAGAGCAGUUCCGGAUGGGGGAGGUGACUUUGCUUCCCACACAGACUCGACCCCUGGAAGCGCUAAACUACAAGUCCCAGGGUCCCUUGCGGCUGCCGUAGUCUAGUGGCCGGUGGAAUUGGCCCAGGAUGACAGCUGGAGAAUGGAGUCAGUUUUAUCCAAGUAUGAAAACCAGAUUACUAUUUUCACUGACUACCUAGAAGAAUUUCCAGAUACAGAUGAGCUGGUAUGGAUCUUAGGGAAGCAGCAUCUCCUUAAAACAGAAAGAUCUAAGCUGUUGUCUGAUAUAAGUGCUCGUCUAUGGUUUACAUACAGAAGGAAAUUUUCACCAAUUGGGGGAACAGGCCCUUCAUCAGAUGCUGGCUGGGGAUGCAUGCUCCGCUGUGGACAGAUGAUGCUAGCUCAAGCCCUCAUCUGCAGACACUUGGGAAGGGACUGGAACUGGGAGAAACAAAAAGAACAACCCAAAGAAUACCAGCGGAUCCUCCAGUGCUUCUUAGAUAGAAAAGACUGUUGCUACUCUAUCCAUCAAAUGGCACAAAUGGGUGUAGGAGAAGGAAAAUCAAUCGGUGAAUGGUUUGGACCAAAUACAGUUGCACAGGUGUUAAAAAAACUUGCUUUAUUUGACGAUUGGAACUCCUUGGCUGUUUAUGUUUCAAUGGAUAACACGGUGGUCAUUGAAGAUAUCAAAAAAAUGUGCUGGGUCUUUCCCUGGAGUGCUGACACAGCCGCUGAAAGCCCCCCUGGUUUUCCCAGUGCAUGCUGCCCAGCCUGGAAACCCCUGCUGCUCAUUGUGCCCCUUCGCCUGGGCAUAAACCAAAUCAACCCUGUCUAUGUUGAUGCCUUCAAAGAGUGUUUUAAGAUGCCACAGUCAUUAGGGGCAUUAGGAGGAAAACCAAAUAACGCCUAUUAUUUCAUAGGAUUCUUAGGUGAUGAGCUCAUUUUCUUGGACCCUCAUACAACUCAGACCUUUGUUGACACCGAGGAGAAUGGAAUGGUGGAUGACCAGACUUUCCAUUGCCUGCAAUCCCCACAGCGAAUGAACAUCCUGAACUUGGAUCCUUCAGUAGCCUUGGGAUUUUUCUGCAAAGAAGAAAAAGACUUUGACAACUGGUGUAGCCUGGUUCAGAAGGAAAUUCUAAAGGAGAAUUUAAGAAUGUUUGAAUUAGUUCAGAAACACCCAUCGCACUGGCCUCCCUUUGUACCUCCAACCAAGCCAGAAGUGACGACCACUGGGGCAGAAUUCAUUGAUUCUACGGAGCAACUAGAAGAGUUUGACCUGGAGGAAGAUUUUGAGAUUUUGAGUGUAUAGAAUCGUGGGAACUCAGCUUAGAGAUCUG